AUGAAUUCCAACAACAAUAAACAACCAUUUAAAUUCUCAAAGGAGAAGAUUUUGCCCAACUCAAACCCUCGUUCACCAUUUUACAGCAAUUUACCACCACAUGACUCCAAACCAAUUGACACUCUAAUUGAGUUUUUCAAGUUUUGGAAGUACUUUAUCAAAUCCAUCAUCUACUAUUUCAAGGAGAUUUUGUUGGUGAAGGAACUUGAAGCCAACUUAAACUACCAACUCAUCAAUGCAGUGCAAUUUCCUGGGUGUAAAGACUUGCCACAGCGCAUACUCCAUGACAUCAACAUUGGUAUACAAAAGAGCAAUACUACACCUACAAAGGAGAUGAGAAAAACCUUGUCUGGAACAAGUUUAAGCUCUAUGAACAGCAAUGCCACAGCUAUUGGUGGUGCUGGUGCUGGUAAUAACAAUAAUAGUGGUGCUGGUGCUGGUGGUGCUGGUGGAAAUGGCAUCACCCCCAUGAACUCACAUAAUAUCCCCUCUGGUCCCAUCACUGGCGCAAGCGCUAAUGGACAACGUCUGAUGGUAGCUGCUGGAAACACUAGUGGUGCUGCUGGCAAUCCUGGUGGUGGUUUAGAGAAAGGACAACGUCCAGGAUUGUUCAAGACAAAGUCAAGUUCAAACCAGAGUUUUUUGAAAAAAAAUGCGACAAAUUUGCACAAGAGAAACACGUCACUAUCGUCGUUGAACCCAUUACCCCAUUUGGCUAAUGGUCAGCACCAUACGCAUCAGCAACUGCAAUAUCAGCAGUAUCAACAAACACAAGGCGGAGCAUCUACUCCGCCAUUGAUUACAUCACAAAACACAAACGAUGUACAGAUUCCGCAACACAUGUUUCCAGAAAACUCCUUGUUUACUAGUCUUCCCGCUUUGCUCUUGAGUUCGCAUCACACAGCAUAUACCAAAAAUAGCAAGUUGCACAAGGAUCUUGCUACAAAAUUGAUUCCAAGAUUAGAGGUCUUGUUGAAACAGGUUUCACACAAGAUUAAGGAAAUCAAAAACUCAUUGCGCAAUGAUUCAUUUGCAAAUACUGACUUGUCAAAGGAAAUUUCACAAACGGGACAAGUGUUGAGCAGGUACAUGACCUCGAUUGAGAUUUAUUGCGGCUCCAAGCCUGUUAUUAAAGAUAUUAAAACCGAAGACGAGAAUGGCACGCCAAUUGUUGAAGAUGGCGAGUUUGCUGCAUUGGAUGAUCCAUUGCUCUUAAAACUCAAGGUUGAUUCUAGAUUAAAGACGCAAUUGGUUUUUGAAAAUUAUAUGUUUGCUUCAUACUUGAAUUUGCAAAAUAUCAGUCGCGACUUGUUUACAUACUUGUUGAAGGAAUUGAAUUUGGUGGUUGAUAAAUUUGGCAAGUUGGAUCUCAAUACGGAGUUUUAUCAAUUUUUAAAGACAAAGAUUAGUACUUCGUCCACCAAGGAUUGGGAGUAUUUUAUUAGCCAUAAUCCUGCAUUUGUGAACCCAUACGGUGAAACUGAGUUUAAUCCACAUCGUGAAAGCAGAAACUUUAAAGUGGUGGAUUUGCCAUAUGCACAAUCGGUGCAAAAUAAAUGUAUUCGGUUUGGUACCAUGUACAAGAAGUCGAAAUUGAUGAAGAGUUACACUAGAAACUACUAUGUUCUUUCAUGUAACUACUUGCAUGAAUUUAGAUUUGACAAUGAAGUGAGUACCAAAAAGCAAAAUAACUCGGCAAAGAAGGAGAAGAUUGGUGGAUUUAUUGGGUAUGAGGAUGAACCUGAAAAAUCGUACAAUUUGAAUGAUUAUGCAAUUACGGUGAAGGAUGAAGGAUCUUAUAAAUUUAUCAUGACUAAAAAAUCCACCAAAUCGAAACGUACUUUCAAGUGUUUGAAUGAAGCUGAUUUUAGGUCAUGGUUUGAUGAUCUUUCUGAGUUAUUGAAAUUUGGCUCUGACCAUUAUGCGAGAUUUGCCUAUAUUGAACGUAAGGCAAUGCAGAAUAAUGGUGCUGGUUCUGGUUCUGGUUCUGGUCUUUCAGGAGCAAAGCUCAAGAAGAAGGUUACCGAUCCCGAGUUGAGCUCCAACUCAUCGACUGCAUCGUCUAUUGCAGCUGCCAAGGGUCUCAAAUUGCAACUUGAUGCAAACAAUGCUUCUGUGCCAGCACUUUCUGGUAUGUUUACACCCAAGAUUCGUACACCGCAAGAUUCACCAUCACUCAACCCUAGUGAAAUUAAUCCAUUUGAUGAUAUACUCAAUGGUAUACCAAAUAAUGGUAGUACCGCAAGUUUUGCCACAUCUACAAGAUCAUCUCCUUCGACUACGCCAAAGAUUCUUUCACCUAAUGGCUCAAUGGUAAAUUUCCCAAUAGUUUCAACCAAUGACGGUAUUGGCAACAAAAACAGUGUCAAUUCUGUUUCUCAUGAUGAUUAUUUGAAAUUGCAACAGGCAUUUAUUAAGCAACAGGAGGAGAUUAUGAGUUUAAAGACCGUUGAGCAGGCAAAUAUCGAGGUGAUUAGAUCGCAGUUGCAAUCAUUGCAACAUACCGAGAAGGAUCAUUUAGCUGAAGAUGGACAUCAUAGUGAAGGUACUGGUGUGGGUGCUGGCUCAGGUGCAGGUACUGGUGCAAAUGGAAAUGCACAUGCACAUGGAAGUGAAAGUAACAAUAAUGGAAAUGGUAAUGGUGGAUUGAUGGUGAACAAAGGGUCAUCGAACAGUCUCAAUUCCUUUGUUCUACAGCCAAACGAUGUUUCUGUAGCACAAGCUGCUAUUGAUAAUUUACAGAAUCGUGACCCUGAGGGAGGAGUAACCUUUAAUUUGGGCGGAGGAGGUGAAGCAUAUCAAGUUGCAAGUGGCGAAGGAAGUGAGAAUGUAAGUGGACUGAGUAGUGGCCAAGGAAGUGCAGAGGGAAGUAGAAGAGAUAUCCCUACGGUAUUUGUUAGUAGUGGACACUGA